AUGGGAGCUCCCUCUGCCGAAGGGAUGGAAGCCAUACACGCGACAUACAGGAAAAUCGGCACGCUCGGUCACGGCUCGUUUGGGAAGGUCUAUCUAGUGCUCCACGCACCCUCUAAGGAGCUCAGGGUACUCAAGCAAAUGGAUGUUGAUGGAAGCAAAAUAUCCGAUGAUAAAGACCCACGAAAGGAGGCGCUCAGGGAAGCUUGGGUGUUGAAGAAGAUGAAUCAUCCCUUCAUUAUAUCCUACCACGAUGUCUUCGUAACACCCCGACAGAAAAUGUGUAUAGUUAUGAGCUACGCAGAUUGUGGUGAUUUGCACACUUUUUUAAAGCGCCGUAGAGGCCUAUUGGCAGAAGAGGAGGUCCUCAGGAUGUUCACUCAGCUCUGCCUAGCGCUCGAUCAUGUCCAUCAACAACGAGUCAUUCACAGAGACCUCAAGUCACAGAACGUAUUCCUGCAUGGCAUUCAUCGGACGGUCAAACUGGGAGACUUUGGAAUUAGCCGCGUAUUAGAGCAAACACGAGAUCUCGCACAUACCAUGGUCGGGACGCCCUAUUAUCUCAGCCCAGAGAUCAUCAUGGAACAGCCCUACGGCUUCAAGUCUGACAUUUGGUCGAUGGGUGUGAUCCUAUACGAGAUGCUCACUCUGAGACAUCCCUUCGAUGGGAGGAACAUACAGCAUCUGGCCAUGAGAAUCCUCAACCUUAAGUUCGACGAUCCCGAUAAGACGAAAUACUCCGCCGAAUCGUGCGAAAUGGUGAGGAUGUUACUGACUCGUGAAUCCGAGAAACGCCCAAGUUGCGAUGAUAUUUUGAAUACUCAGCUCCUGCGAGGAUAUGUUCUACGGGAACUCGACAAAUGCAAGGAAUUGGACUAUAAACUACGCGACUCCGAAGUUGAAGUGCGGUCGAAUAAGAAUGUGAAGUUGCCGGCUCUACAGAACCGUCCGACUGGAUUUGUGGCACGAAUACGAGGCCUGACUAAGUGA